AUGCCUACUUCCAAGUCCCUGUUCACCCCUCCUCCAGGAAAUUCCUCAGGAUUGUCAGCAAGGGAUUGUCAGCCUCGUGACAGCCCCACAGGUGUUCACCAGGGUCUUCAAGAUAGUGUCGAUAUGUGCACACGCAAGAGGCAUCCGUCUCCUCCGCUACCUGGACGAUUGGCUCAUCUUAGCCGAGACGGCUGCUCAGUGUGCGGAUCACCUUCAGCUAGUUUUGUCAUUCGUUCAGGAACUGGGAGUGGUGGUAAAUGUCGACAAGUCGGACUUCACUCCCAGACAAAGGAUAGUGUACCUCAGAAUGACGCUAGAUUCAUCCCUCAUGAAGGCCUUCCCUCGGAGAAGAGUCUCCAGCCUAGUAACUCAAGUGCAGAUAGCUUUGGGGCCCAGCUCUCCCACUGCCAAACUCUGCCAGUCCAUCUUAGGACACAUGGCCUCAAUAGAGAGACUAGUGCCUCACAGCAGAAGACGUAUGAGGCCUCUUCAGUGGCUGUUCAAGAAGCAAUGGUCUCCUCAGGAAGGGGACCCCAACAGCAAAAUUCUUCUCUCUCAAGAACACUUCCUGUCUCAACUCCAAGGGAAAACGGUGGGCCUAAUGUCGGACAACUCCACGGUGGUGGCAUAUCUAAACAAACAGGGGGUCACAGUCUCACUGGAUCUUUGUUGCCUGGCAGUACAAAUCCAGGAGUUAGCAGAGGAAAUGGACAUCACCCUCAAAGCAAGAUAUAUUCCGGGCAAGAAAAAUGUUUGGGCGGACCAUCUGAGCAGGAGGGGACAGAUAAUCAACACAGAAUGGUCCCUCCAUCAAGAAGUAGCAGAUGGCCUGAUAAAGAGGUGGGGCUCUCCUUCGAUAGACCUCUUUGCCACCGCAUGGAACAGGAAGCUGCCAGUGUUCUUCUCCCCACUCCCAGACCCGCAGGCAGCGGGAGAGGAUGCCCUCCUGCAGGAUUGGAAGAACCUGGACGCUUAUGUCCUUCCCGCCUUUCCCCCCCUCCUCCAGAAGACCCUUCAGAAGAUUCGCUACUCACAGAACCUACGAGUAACCUUAGUAGCUCCUUGGUGGCCCAAAGCCCCCUGGUUCCCAGAAGUGCUAGAUCUCCAGUUGGAGGACCCGGUAAGCCUACCAGACAGAGUGGAUCUUCUCGCCCAACCCAACAACGGACGCCUACACCCAAAUCUGUCAGCCCUCCGCUUACACGGGUUUUGACUGUCGUCAAAAUCCUCCUUGGUAGAGGUUUUUCCAGACAGUUAGCUGAGGACAUGGCCAAUCCUGUGAAACCAUCCUCAGGCAGAUUGUACCAGGGAAAGUGGCGACUGUUUCAAGAUUGGUGUCAAGAUAAAGGCAUUGCCCCAGACGAGGCCACCAUCCCUCAACUAGCGAGUUUUUUCCACCACCUCAGAAAGGAUAAACGACUAUCCAUAUCAGCAGUGGAGGGUUAUAGAGCGGCUUUAAAUCAAGUAUUCUCGUUGAAAGGCAUGGACCUCGCUGCAUCUCCAGAAAUUUUGUUGCUCUUCAAGCACUUUAGGAAGACCUGUCCCCCGAGAGAGCUACGGACUCCCCACUGGGAUGUGGCCUUAGUCCUGGAAUCCUUGAGAGGUCCUCCCUAUGAGCCCUUACAUUCAGCUUCCUUGAAGAACCUCACCUUGAAGACCCUUUUCCUCUUAGCCCUGGCAUCUUCGAAGAGGGUCAGCGAACUACACGCACUGUCCUACGAAGUGUCACACACCAGGCGUUGGAGGGAGAUGGGGUUCUCGUUUGUCCCUGGCUUUGUAGCCAAGACUCAAGACCCCUCCAAGCCAGAUGAGAUGUUUUCCUCUUUUACCAUUCCUUCCUUGGGAGAUUUUACCGGCUUUGACAAAGAGGAACUGAUUCUAUGCCCGGUCAGAGCCAUGAAAGCCUACCUCAAGAGGACUAGACAGUUCAGACCGGCUAUCAAGCGGCUGUUCGUGGCCACGGGCAAGCAUCCGAAAGAGGUGGCUAAGAAUACCAUCUCCUUCUGA